GUAGAUCCUCGCCCCCUCCCGAACCUCUCUCUCGGGCACCAUCGCUCUUCUCUCAUUCGCCGAUCGACAAGAUGGUGACGACCCCGUUCAUCCGUGCAGGAUGUGACAGAUACGCUUGCUACAGAGAUCCUCGAUCGACCAUCUUGCCCCUGUUUCGAAGGGCCCAGUCCCAGCGGAUGGUCCACGCCGCUUCCCCGUCGUGACCGUGGGUCUCUUACAGCCCACCAUGCGCUAUGCGCCAUGCAUCAUGCACAGUAUCUGUCUGUAUGACAUCCCGGUCUUCCGCGCUUGAUGGAUUUGAUGAUCGGCCCUGAUCGUUCACGGUUCCCCUCUCCUGGAUCCCGGAGACGAGACGAGUCCCGAGCUUUGCUCUACCCUUUUUGGCCUCGUUGGCUCGAUGGCGUUUGGAUCGAGCUGGACCAAAAGUACCGACCAAAAAGCUAUUCGAUGCCUCUCUCCUUUCCCUUUCCCUUCUUGGCCCUCCUCGUCGUCAACAUAUAAACAUGCAUCCCAGCCCCCGUGUCCGAUAAACUUAGAAUUAACUCAUUGUUCACAUUCACACCCUCGCGUGGAUCUUGAAUCCUAGCUUCGCAUCUCUUUGUCUAUACAUCCUGCCCCUCUCUUAGUUCAUCACCAGGUUUUUCGUUCAUAUACAUUGCCAUUGUUGAUUCGUGACGACCUUUUUGCAACAUCCAUUCAUCUCUGUCAGACCAAUCAUCCCCUGUCGUCGAAUCGUGAAUACUCUCGUGGAGGACAACGACAGUUCCCAACUCGACUCGUUGCUCGUUUUCGUACAUAGACUCGUGUGGCUUUUUAUUGAUCUUCAUUGCACCAACACCCGACAACCUGCACAUAUUCUUACCCUCGCGCCUAUUAUUUGACGAAUAUACACGAUGUAUGAAGAAAUGGGUUCUAUGACUGACGACAUUCCGCGACGCUGCUCGCUCCCUUCUCUGAAAUCGACUGCCAUGACCAACACCAAUCUGGGUGAGGACCGCCGCCUGCCUCCCCUCCCGCGAAUGGACCCUCUGCCUCGUGGUCCCUUCAAUCCUUUCCAGCACAAGGAUACCUUUGCUCCCAGCACCCCGGGAGCCCAGGAGUCGUGCCAAUUCAAGUCCCCUUGGUCGGGCAAUGACCAAAUCAUUGCCCCCCCCUCGCCGGCCAACUCUGCGGAAAGCUCCUGGCAGGAGACAUUUGCAUCUCAAAAGGCUCUUUCCACCGAAUGGCCCACCGAUCUCUCCCAGACCGAGAUCAUGGCGCUGAUCGCACCUCAGAAUAUCAACCGCAAGGCGCCUCUCCAGCAGCUCUGCGGGCGUAAGCGCAAGGGAAGCACCGUCUCGCCCGACCCGGAUGAUCAGCGCGAGAAACACCGCAUCGCCGAGGGCAACCGUCGCAAGAACCUUAGCCAGCUCCACCGCGAGUUGGACAGCCGGGUUCACGACUUCUUCUUGGAGCGCGCUGGAUGGAACCCAUCCAAGAGCCUGCCGCAGUCCAAGGAACACAUCGUUCAAGGUGCCGUCUACCUGAUCGACUUCAUGCUGGCUAUCAUCGUCCACCUGAUCCGCCAGGAGCAAGUCUCCCCCCAACUCUCCGAAAAGCUCCAGCCCCAGGUCCGCUGCAUGCAGCUGCAGCAACUAGUGACGUCCCUCCAACAACAGAACCAAACCACGCAACAACAACUGCGUGCUGCCAAGGCCGAAAACGAUCUCCUGGCUGAUCGCAACCGCGCCCUCGAGUUCCAACUCAAAUCUUACGAGCAAAUGUUCCGCUCCCCGAAGCCCGAAGUUACUACCCCUUCAUUGAUCGAGGUCCCCGAGCACAAGCGCCAGAAGAAGGCACUCCCCGGCCUGCGGGUCUUCUGCGAUGAGAUCGGCGCCAGCAGGGCUUCCGAUGCCAACCCCAUGCAGUCAUAUCAACACCACGACGCCCUGCCCAGCGCCACAUCGCAGUCCUUCGGUAGUUCGUACCUCAGUUCCACGCCACCCAUUACUGGCCCUUCAUCCCCUGCCUUCCCUUCAUCACAGGCCUCAUUCAGCUUUUCGGCUUCUCGCCGUCCCUCUCUGCUUGGCUCACCAUAAGCCAAUCAAUCAAGCCAUUCCAAAACAUCUUGAUCCUGACGUGUCCACGACUACUUGCCAUAUCCCAAUCCGAUUUAUUUCCGUCUUCUCCCGCACGUACCUUCACUCUCCGCCCACCCCCUUGCAGACGGCGGCGUUGAUGGUACACCAACCCUCCAACUUUAUUUCCCCCUGCGUCGCGGGCCUCGAACUUGAUGAGCUUUGCUCGUUUGAAUGCCCGGUUCGAAUCAUCGAAUCACCGAAUCACGUCACAUGCCUGCUUUGUCCUUCUUCAACUUAUGGCCCUUUCGCCUUAGCGUCGCCAUUGUAACACUAUUUGAACUUUCACUUUGCCCUGGUUGCCUAUACAAACUUCCAGCCUAUCCGCCCUAUCCAACCCCGGGAAAGUCGCGACCUCUUCUGCCUUUAUCCCUGUUCGGUGUUCAUUUGUCUAUUUUCCGUUGGUGCGGACCCCGUCUUGUUUCCUUCAUCUUUUCUCUGAUAAUUUCAUUUGUCCCUCCAAAAAUGGGUGGCUCAUUUCUUUCCUCUUUCUCUGUCUCUUUCUUCCCUAUUAUUUUCUUUUGUUUAUUCUUGGCGAUGUGACGAUAUGGAUAUACCAUCUGGUGGUUUAUGUCUCUUCUUUGUCUAUGUUACUGAUAUUUUUUGUUUCCUUUGUGGGUUUCUUGUCUAUAGUUGACUUUCAAUUGGAUAUGAUGAAACGAAAAUUUCCUUCCCUAU